GGUUCAGAACCAGAAGCCUACCUCAGAGGAGAUCCUACUGAUUGCAGAGCAGCUUAACAUGGAGAAGGAAGUCAUUCGGGUCUGGUUCUGCAACCGUCGGCAGAAAGAGAAGCGGAUCAACCCGAGCAGCGCCACACCCCCCCUGACCAGCCAGCCCCCGACUGCCCAACCAGCGCACAAACCUCCCUGCUACAGCCCUCACAUGAUGUCCAACCAGCUGUCCCAGGCAGUAACCAGUCUCAGCAGCACAACAGUGACUACCUUGUCCUCCAUCUGUCCCCCGACUUCCAGCCUCUCCUCUACUCACCCCUCCAUCAGCUCUACUCACCCCUCCAUCAGCUCCACGCCUUCACCGGUGACCCCUCCUCCCCGGAGCACGGCCAGUCCAGCCACUCCCAGCCACAGCGCCCUCAACCUCAACACAGGAUUAUGGCGCAUGGGAAAAAAGAACGGUGACAUGUCCAACUACAUCACUGAUUUUGCUACAAAUUUGAGGAACACUGUGAUGGGAGUUAACACAGGGAUGAGCCAAGCCCUCCUCGGUAACAAUCCCCUGGCCACAAUCCAAGCCCUAGCAGCCAGUGGUGGUCAGUUGCCUCUUUCCAGUCUUGAAGGGGCCAGUAAACUGAUGAUGGGGGCCUCGGGGGCCCAUGGCGGGGGCCUCCCCUCCUCCUUCUUCCUCAACCACCCUGCUCUUCUCCACCUGAGUCAGAACUCCAGCGCUGGACUGGUCAGCGCCGCAGUAGCCAAAGCCUCCCACCCCUCCCCCUUCCCCUCGGCCAGUAGCAUCAGCCCCACCCCCUGUGCUCCUCCAGCGAAAUGGCGCACAGCCCGCCGUCUCUGGGCGGAUCCAAGAUUGAGUGACCACAGCAAGAGCCAAUCAGAGAGGGAGAGGAAGGACGAGGGAGGGGGGGACUUCACACCAAAGCUUUCUCUUUCUCUCUUAAACUCUGCUGUUUCUCUCUCCCUCUCCCCCUCUCUCUCCCUCUCUCCCCCUCUCUCCCUCUCUGUCUCUUAUUUCUCCAACUCUUUCAAUGCCAAAAAUACAAAGAAUAAAAAGGAGGAGGAGAACGACAGAACUGGACAAGAGAGACGGCAGAGAAAGAAAAUGUUGAAACCAAAAAUCUUCAUCCAUCGCAGCAGAUGGAGGCAAGGCAACAUGGGACCCUUUAGACAAUUGCCCCCCCACUCCCUGUGUCAUCUUUUGGGUGUUUCUUCCCUCUUCCUCUCAGAAGAAAAACAAAGCAAUGACUCUUCAGCAAAGAGAGAGAGAGAGAGAGAGAGAGACACCCGUCCAAGUGCAUAAAACCAAAAAUGACUUUCUGAUAAAGGAUGGUGCCGGGGGUGCAGCAGACGGGGGGGAGGGGCACCUGCCCGUUUACGUUCCUAUUAUUUCUUUUUGAACAGACACUGUGGGUCUGAAGGAAGAAAAGGGCGGAAAAGUUUAAACCAAAAAUUAACCUGAAGACGAGAAGAAGUCAACCAAACCAAAAUCCCCAAAAUACCAAAAAAUACGGAGAGAAAAGCUUUAUUCAAGGACUUGUAAAUACUGCAGCUAUCCAGGACCAGGACUCUACUGAUACCAGUCCACAUCCACUCAUCUGUGUCUGUGUCUCCACUUGACUUUCAAAGUCCGUCCAAUCAUCAGGAUCGCCAACGCCGCUGCGUGCUCUCGUCAGCGACCUCUGAGUCGAGCGUUCCUUCUACUCCUCUGGUUUUUUAACGUUGUUAUUUAUUAGUUUAAUUUCUCCAGUCCAGCUCCUAUUUAUUGUUGUUGGGUUUUUAGUGUUCACCCUUCAUCUUCAUCAUCAUCAUCAAUAUUGUCUGUCGCUGUCCUUCACGCCCGUGUCGUUGACAAACGUUUGUUUUUUCCAGUUGGUGAAACGUCGUUCACGUCAGUUCUCACCAAGUGCCAGUGAAUCAAACACAGGGUUUGAUGGAAUUCUUCACAGACGUGAACAUGUUUCUGUUUCUCAGUCCAACUCUUUUGUUUGUUUGUUUUUUUUUUCUUUUUCUAAAUAGGCCGAUAUCAGUCAGCACACGGCUGCGAGAACACGCCCGCAAAAUCUCACGUCCAUUUAUCAGGAGCGGAGACGACGCUGAGCCGCCAUCGUCAAUAAACCCAGUUUUAGUCACAGCCGCCUGCUGGAUCGGCGUGGACCGGCCGUCACCCGUGUGUCUAGACGCCUUAACUGAUCUUUCUGUUUCCAUUUCACCACAUUUCACCGUCAUUUUCCACCUCACGCUGACAUUAGCUCUCAAAUGGAAACCAAAGCGUUCUCAAGGCUGCGCUCAUCUGGAGGAGCCUCAGCCUCAGUCACAGAGACCACCAGGGGUUUCUGUGGAGACUGAUACCAGGACGUUACCCCCAGAAGACCCCCCACCCUCACCCCCCCGUGGAAACCCCCUCCACCUGACCCACGGGGGAAGCUUUAUGUAGAAAACUGAUCCUUUACUCUCACAGACACCCUCCACACCCCCGCGCCCUAAUCAAAGGGUACACACCGGGGCAGGAAGGGAGGGGGGGGGUCACACACUGUUGUGUCGGCAGCAGUUCGAGGGGAACACGUUUUUUUAAGAGGAAAACCAAAAAUGAACCUAAACCAAAAACAAACCAAACCUAAGGAAUGACCCGAGCAAACCAAAAAGAACCCUAACCACCUGUGGCUGGAGGGAGAGGGGGGAGGGAGGGGGCCGUGGAGGAUCUGUCUCCCUCUCUGUCCGUCUGUGUGUCUGUCUGUUCGUUAGCUUUAGGGCUGCAGCGUUGGCCCAACCCUCAAACUGUAGCAUGAAUACAAAGAUGUAAAAAAGACGGGCAGACGGACGGACGGGAGGGCAGCAGAAGGACCCCCACCCCUCUGCCCCCCACCCCCCCUCCUCAGCCUCACUCUGGCCCAGCUCUCUGGUCCUGGAUGGAGCUAAACGCAAAUGACCUCACUGAACUGAAAAUCUUCUGAAAUCCCUUUUGAUUUUUAUUCUUUUAUCUCUGCUGUGUCUCUGUACUUUAGUGCUUACUACUCAUUUGGGAUAAUGUACUCGCUUACUUACUUACUUACUUACUUACUUACGUACUUACUUACUAAAAGAGCUCCUUAUUUUUUCUGUAGUCGUGCUAGAGAUUUUUAUCAGGUGGUUUAAAAAAAAUACUGUGAAAAUUUAGCUUCCAGAUUUUUAUUAGAUAAACAGACAGACUGUCUCGUCAGAGAAAUGACAACACACCAAAAAAGCCAAAAACAGAGGGUGGGAAUGCAAACCUAAGAAAUGCCAAAAACCAAAUAGUGAACCAAACCAAACCGAACCGAACUGAACCAAACCAAACUCAGCAGAGAGGAGCGGGAGCUGCCGUCCCUGCACUCAGUCUGAGGCGUGGUCGAUUCGUCCGAGGUGAAACUGCGUGUGUUUCUGUGUGGACGGGUCAACGGGUCGGUCGCUACGACCACGAAAAACCACAGAAAAAUCCAGAACUGUACAGAGGUGCGAGAGCUGGACGAUAACUGAUCCAAAGAAUCUUCGGUUUGGUCCACAGGAGCAGAACAACUUCAACCAAACUUUACACGUGGGCCGACUCGCCUGGAAGGUGACGCGCGUCUCCACGUCCACUCUUAGAUGGAAUGUAUCUGUUAGUGCUUCUAUAGAUUUUGUAGAAAAAAGAUCUAUGUUCUACUGCUUACUUAUCUCUAAUGUAUUAUGAAGAAAAACUUACAAAAAAGACUGAGAAAAAAAAGAUCCUAAAAAAAAAAACAAUGAUGAAAAUAACUUGAUAUUAGACCAAAAAUUUAACUAUCUCUCUUUGGACUCAUUUCUGUUGUUUAUGUUUUUAGACUUUUGAUUGUAAUAUUUAUUUCACUAGUUUUUUGGGGUUUUUUUUGCUUAUCUUUAUCAGUCUGCCUAUUUAUUUCUCUAAUUUAUUUGGCCUCGUCUUUCACAAUCUGUUUGUUUUUUUAAGUUUUUCUUUUGCCCCGCCUGACCUUCUUUUGCCCCCCCUGACCUUCUUUCUUACCUUGUUAAACCAAAUAAUGACAGAAAAUGCAACCUCAGAGGACACAGGAGGAGAAUACCGCCACCUAGAGCUUGGUGAUGGAGAUAUUCUCCUUCUAAUUGACUUGAUUCUGCAGCUCAGUGGCGCCACAGUGUGGACAAAGACGUCAAUUAACGAAGUGUUAAAACACGUCUCAUUAUGAUGUGGUUUAGGUCAAGUUCGAAAUUCCGUUUGAAGACGUCAGUGUGGUUGAUGACGUCACUGUGCUGCACCUGGUCUUUACAGCAACAACCAAAACAAAAACAUGAGAAUGACAAAGAUGAACUGGGGCAAAGGUUAAAGUUUAAUUUUUUAUAUAUGAAUGCAGAUGAAGAGGAGGAGGAGGAGCAGGAGGGGGCGCUUCUCUCUGUCCUCUCACCUGUCUGUGUUUAUUUCUUCCUGUCUGUCCAUCUGUGUGAUCGUUUGCUUCGGCCUUUUUUCCUCCACUGUGGUGUGAGAAGAGAGAUAGUUCAUCAUAUACCUCAUAUUCUUUGAUGAUAAACCAAAUAGAUGAAGGCUUUAAAAUGGGGGGGGGGCAACUGAGGGGGGUGCAGCUGUGUGUGUGUGUGUUCAGCGGAGACCAGGAGCAGGGGAUUGUGGGAGGAAACACCAAAAGUUUAGGUUUGAUCUGUGGAGGAGUUUUCUUUAAUCCAUUGUACUUUAAAGGUCUCUCU